GUUUUAGUUAUAAAUAUAUAUUUUAGGGUGGGACUGGACUAGAAGUUCCUCUACUAAAUUGAUCACAACAAGACUUGCGUACCAUUUUAACAGCAAUUUAAUAAUGUUUUUAAUAAAUUGCUUACUAAUUAUGAGUUUAAUACCUUUAAAUUAUUGGAAGUUUAUUGCUUUUUAUUCAUUUGUCACUUUCAAAGACAUAUCAGGAUUAUUUCACUAAUUUGGGUAUUUAAGCUUUUUAGUUCGGUUGCCCGUUAUUAUGUGCAUAAGACAAUACACAUUCUGUAUAAAGACUGGAUUAUUACCGCUGAAAUGGGAAUUAACUACUUUGGUAUAGAUAUUAAUUUAAAUAAGGUGCAACGUAAUAUGAAAGUUAUCGCUUAUCGAAUAUGUGUAGCGUUUGCCAGCACUGAUAAACGAAUGUUGCUGCUAACUUAACGUCGUUGUAAGCAGAAUUUGCAGAGAAAAUAUAUUGAAAAAAAUUGUGUGUAUAGUAUGUGAAAACAUAGUUUUGUUUUUGUUCGUUACGGUUGCAAAUAGAUAUCACGGCGCGUAAGUCAAGCAGCAAAAAACACUAAACGAAAAAAGAGGACAGACGCAAACGCUAAAAAUGUUGCUGCCCGACGAAGACGUUGCUGUUGACUAAUAACAAGAGCUUGUGUAUGUGUGUGCGCGUGUACAUGUGCAUGUGUGUGUGUGUAUGCGCAUGUAUGUGAGUGUGGAGUGCAGAAAUGUUUUCCAGCGUUGGCAGCCAUGGGAUUAGCGUUGGCAUUGCCUCCACCGUGCAUGACACCGAUGGCUAUGAUUUUACGAAAAACGAGAAUGCGGCACGUUGGCGCGGCCUAUUUGUACCAUCACUGCGCAAGGUGUUGGAGCAGGUGAAUCCGCGCGUAACAGCCAAAGAAGAUGCCCUGCUCUACGUGGAGAAUCUAUGCGUCCGCCUCUUGGCAAAAUUAUGCGCGCAGCCAUUGCCACACUCAGUGCAGGAUGUGGAGGAGAAGGUGAACAAAUCACCGCUUGAUCGUUGGGCCCUCAAGGAGGCCAACGAGGUGAUCAAUUCGAAGAAGCGCAAAUGUUUGCUGCCCACAGAGCGUGUUCAUACGCUGCUGCAGAAAGAUGUGCUACAAUAUAAAAUCGAUAGCUCCGUAUCGGCAUAUUUGGUCGCUGUGCUCGAGUGCAUCUCAUCGGAUAUACUGAAAAUGGCUGCGGAUUAUGUGUGCAACAUCGCGCAUAGCGAAAUCGUGAAAGAGGAUAUUGAGGUGGUUCUCAAUGCGGAUGGUGUCCUACUCGAUAUGCUCAAUCGUAGCAGCGAGCAGCUCAAGUGUAAUGUCCUGCCCAGUCCGCUGUCUCUGCAGGCGCAGCGUGCGAGCGCCACGUACGAGGAGACAGUGAAGGAGCUGAUCAACGAUGAAAAACAAUAUCAACGGGAUUUGCAUAUGAUUAUACGGGUAUUUCGCGAAGAGCUUGUCAAGAUAGCGCGCGAUCCCAAGGAGCUGGAGCCGAUCUUCUCAAAUAUUAUGGAUAUAUAUGAGGUUACGGUAACGCUAUUGGGCUCUCUGGAGGAUGUAAUUGAAAUGUCGCAGGAACAGAAUGCGCCCUGCGUUGCCAGCUGCUUUGAGGAGCUAGCCGAGGCCGAGGAGUUUGAUGUGUAUAAGAAAUAUGCACACGAUGUCACCUCGCAGGCGUCGCGCGAUGCACUCAGCAAUCUGCUGGCCAAGCCAGAUGCAUUGUCAUUAAUGUCAGCGGGACAUGGCUUUCGAGAGGCGGUCAAGUAUUAUUUGCCCAAGCUGCUUCUGGUGCCCAUUUGCCAUGCGUUUGUCUAUUUUGAUUACAUCAAGCACCUUAUGGAUCUCAGUACAUCACAGGAUGACAUCGAGAGUUUUGCCCAGGUGCAGGGUUUGCUUCAUCCGCUGCACUGUGAUCUCGAAAAGGUAAUGGCCAAUCUGUCCAAGGAGCGACUUGUGCCGGUCAGCGGUCGCGUUCGACGCCAAAUGGCCAUUGAGCGCACACGCGAACUCCAGCUCAAAGUGGAGCACUGGGAUGACAAGGAUGUGGGCCUAAAUUGUAACGAGUUCAUACGCGAGGAUGCACUCAGCAAACUCGGCUCAGGCAAGCGAAUCUGGAGCGAGCGUAAAGUAUUCCUUUUUGAUGGCCUCAUGGUGCUAUGCAAAGCGAAUACCAAAAAGCAAACUCCAUCGGCAGGCGCGACCGCCUAUGACUACAGGCUGAAGGAGAAGUUUUUUAUGCGUCGCGUCGAGAUUAACGAUCGUGCGGACACGGAGGAGUUGAAGCAUAGCUUUGAGCUAAUCACCCGCAUGCAUCCGGCCAUUGUGCUGUCGGCUAAGAAUGCCCAACACAAAAACGAUUGGAUGGCGGAUUUGAUAAUGGUGAAUACCAAAUCGAUGUUAGAUCGCAUACUGGACAGCAUACUGCAGGAUAUAGAGCGCAAACAUCCGCUACGCAUGCCCAGCCCGGAGAUAUACAAGUUUGCUGUGCCGGACAGCGCCGAGAAUAUUGUGCUCGAGGAGCGAGACAGCGGUGUGGUGCCCAUGAUCAAGGGGGCCACACUGUGCAAACUAAUUGAGCGCCUCACCUAUCACAUUUAUGCGGAUCCAACAUUUGUGCGCACCUUUCUCACCACAUAUCGGUAUUUUUGCUCACCGCAGCAGCUGCUUACGUUGCUGAUAGAGCGCUUUGAAAUACCCGAGCCGAGCCUGGUUUAUCAGGAACAGCAGACAAAUAAUAUUGGCGGCGGUGGCGGUAACUCUGAUCUCGAUAAGGAUGCAGCGACAGCGACUGCGUCAACGGCGGACAGUGAUAAAAUGCUUAAGAACUCGCAGCGCGAGGAUUGGAAACGUUAUCGCAAGGAGUUUGUCCAGCCGGUGCAGUUUCGUGUGCUAAAUGUGCUGCGGCACUGGGUGGAUCAUCAUUUUUAUGAUUUUGAGAAGGAUCCGACACUGCUGGACAGACUGUUACACUUUCUCAACGAUGUCAACAGCAAAUCCAUGCGUAAAUGGGUCGACUCUGUGCGCAAGAUUGUCGAUCGUAAGAAUAAACAAAGCAAUAAGAAAAUCGUCUAUGCCUACGGGCAUGAUCCGCCGCCCAUUGAAUACCAUCUGAAUGUGCCGGAUGAUGAGAUUACGCUGCUUACUCUACAUCCGCUGGAGGUGGCGCGACAGCUGACACUGCUGGAAUUUGAGAUGUACAAGAAUGUGAAGCCAUCGGAGCUGGUCGGGUCGCCGUGGACUAAGAAGGACAAGGAACUAAAGAGUCCCAAUCUGCUCAAGAUCAUGAAGCAUACCACAAAUGUAACGCGCUGGAUCGAAAGGUCCAUCAUGGAGGCGGAGAACUACGAUGAACGUUUGGCCAUUAUGCAGCGCGCCAUUGAGGUGAUGAUGGUCAUGCUCGAGUUAAACAAUUUCAAUGGCAUACUCUCAAUUGUGGCUGCCAUGGGCACAGCUGCUGUUUUUCGUUUGCGCGCCACAUUCAAUGGGUUGCCAGAACGGCAUCGUAAGUUCCUGGACGAGUGCCGUGAACUGAGCGAGGAUCAUUUGAAGAAAUACCAGGAACGUUUGCGCUCCAUUAAUCCGCCCUGCGUGCCAUUCUUUGGUCGUUAUCUAACAAAUAUUUUGCAUCUGGAGGAAGGCAAUCCGGAUCUGUUGACCAACACGGAGCUUAUCAAUUUCUCGAAACGGCGAAAGGUGUCGGAGAUCAUCGGCGAGAUACAACAGUACCAGAAUCAGCCGUAUUGUCUCAACGAAGAACCCACCAUACGGCACUUUUUCGAGCAGCUGGAUCCCUUCAAUGGACUAUCCGACAAGGAAAUGUCCGACUAUCUAUACAAUGAGAGUCUACGCAUUGAGCCGCGCGCCUGCAAAACUGUACCCAAAUUCCCCCGCAAAUGGCCGAACAUUCCGCUUAAAUCGCCGGGCAUUAAACCUCGUCGCCAGAACCAAAACAACAACAGCAAUAAGUUGUCCAGCAAUGCGCCAGCCAAUGUGGAGCCACCAGCAGCGGCGGCGGCGGCGUCGUCAACAGCAAGUACGACGGCAGCCAGCAUCGGCGAUCAGAGUCCGCAGCAUAAUCCCCAUGCGUAUUCCGUAUUUGCGCCGGUCAUCAUACCGGAGCGCAAUGGCGGCAGCAGCUGGAGCAGCCAUACGAUGCACCGCACCACAGACAAUGGUGAAGUGGCGCCGGCGCCGCAUCUGCCACGCAAGCCGGCAGCGCAUGUCUGGACACACAACAGCAAUGCUCCAACGGAUGGGUUUAGUCCAGCGGAGCAACAGUUGCCACCGCCGGCAACAUCGGCUGCGGCUACCAGCAGCUGGAACAUGUCAGAUUGUUAUGUCAUUUCGGAUGCGAAUACAGCUGAUGUGUUGCCGCCAUCGCCACUGCCCAAGCUGAUGAUUAGUCCAAGGCACGAGACUGCUCCACCACCGCCGCCGCCCGCCAGCAAUCGCUCACCAUUCCAUGGACGCAUCCAACAGAUGCAAUAUAGUCCGACGCACAGCAUUGCCAGCACGGUGACGCUUAUUAGCGGCGGUUUCGGUGAUGUGAGUCCACAGCUGGGCGGCUUCUACUAUAACAGUGAACAGGGCCAGGGCCAGACAGGCGCAGUGCCCAUAUCGCCGCAUGUGAAUGUGCCCACAGCAACCACAUUGGAGUAUCGAGCGGUGCCGCCACCAUUGCCACCGCGACGCAAAGAGCGCACGGAAAGCUGUGCGGAUAUGGCACAGAAGCGCCAAGCGCCCGAUGCACCCACACUACCUCCGCGCGAUGGCGAGCUGAGCCCACCGCCCAUACCGCCCAGACUCAAUCAUUCCACGGCAACGGGCCUUACCCGUCAGCCAAAGGAGUUUGUGGGCAAGAGCAGCAGCCUGCUGUUGCCCAACACGAGCAGUAUUAUGAUACGCCGUAAUUCGGCAAAGCAACCAUCGCUGGGUGUGAACACGUCAGCUGUGACGGCCAACAAUAGUGCUGCCGCAACUCCAACAAUGAUGGCUCAGUCCAUGGCCAUGGCGGGCAGUGAAGAGCCACAGCAGCAACAACAGUUGCAGCAGCCGCCGCAGUCGAUCUCGCCAGCGUUAAGCUCCUCGACAACCACAUCACCCAUGACACCUAUGACGCCCAUGUCACCGUACAUUCCCAGCACAGUAGACGGCAGCACGACGAGCAGUUUCCCACAGCAUCAGCAACAGCAGCAUCAGCAUCAAACACGCCUAAGGCCACAGACUGCGCAAACGCAACAACCAGUGGCUUAUGCACAACAGCAUCAACAUCAUCACCAGCAUCAGCACCAACAGCAUCAUUCCCAUUCACAUCCGCAUACGCAUACGCAUACGCAUUCACAGCAUCAACAUCCAUCACAGCACCCGAACAGACGCUCGUCCCCAAAGGAAUUCUUUCCGAUUGCCACGAGCCAUGAGGGCACACCCAAACUUCCACCAAAACCUAGUCUAAGCGCAAACUUCUACAACAAUCCAGAUAAAGGUACGAUGUUUCUUUACCCAAGUACAAACCAAGAAUAAUAUUUAUUGCCUGGCGAUGUGUGAUAGGACUAAAACAAAAAACGAGAGAAUACCACAGAAAUAGAGAAAACGUGGCAGCAAGUGCAUAGGAAAUAGGAAAUAAAACAGAUAUAGAUACACAAAACAGUAAAACAAAACACAAAAAAAAAAAAACAAGAACAAUGUAUAUGUAUGUGUAUUCAAUGAGAUAUAUAGUAUGGACCGAGUUAAAUGCGACGAUUUUUAUUAUUCGAAACUCAAAAAAUAAACAAAACAUUUUCAAGUGAAAA